CGUUCGAUUUGAAAUGUAUGAAAUGUCCUCAAAAAUGUCUUGUAAAUAAUGGACUUCUACGCCGAUGGCGAUGAAUUUAGUACUCCAUGUUUGCUGAUUGAAUCCUCACAGRCUGAAGACGCUCCGAUCUCUGGGAAUAUGGACGCCGAUCCGUUGUAUUUACGAUUUAUGAACAAGAAAUUCUGCACAUCUCCUUCCGCGAUUGACAGAACAACACACGAGACAACUAAUAUAAAGAUUAUUAAUGCUUUAAGCGGGAACGGUGCAAGUAAUAAUAAUCAAUCUAGUUCUGGAAAUAACGUGAGUAAUAACAAUAAUAACACGACAGGMCCUCAAGGGCAAGCUCAAACAAGCUCGUCAGGAAUUGGUGGYGGUGGGGGAGGGGAGGGUGGUGGUGAUGAUAGCGAUAGAGGAGAAGACAGACGGACAGARCCAGACGUUUGUAAUGAAAGCACUGAACAUUCUGAAGACUCUGGUUCAUCCUCAAUACCAGACUUAAUCCCAGUCACUGACAAACARCCUUCAAAUAAAUCCAUGGAUCAUGAUGCAAGUUUUUCCAGUGACUCAAAUCCAUCAAUAAAACUGUCUGGCAAUGCAAGUUCAUCAAGUACUUCAAGUACAGAACCUGUUGGCGGUGUAGAGACAUAUGGUCAAGCUUCAACAGCAUUAGCUGAUGAAGUGUAUCAGUCUCGGUUCGAAAGCAGCGAAGAAAGUAUGCCGCAAUUCAAGAAAAAGUCGUCAUCAUCUUCAUCAAUGGGUAAAAGCAAAUCUGAUACAUCUUCAUCUAGUAUCUACCCAGCAAGCAAUGCUAGUAGUCUWAAUACAAGUAGCCUAUCUAGCGACCCUUCACCCUCACCACGCCAUCWUGUACUUGAUACAGUGAAAGAAGACAAUGAGGAAAGAGAAGAUGAAAUCUGUUCACAAGACAUGUUCGCCGAUAAGGAAGACUCAAAUGCAGCCAUAUCAUCACAAGAGGAUUCAAGAAUGAGUACUCCAAAAGAUAGAUCAACUCCUGUUGAAARCAGACARUUGUCUAAAGGUCAAAGCUUUGACUUGUACAGACAAGYGCUUAAAAGAACAUCUACCCCAUUGCUAGGUAGCCAAGAACCCCAGGCCACUCCUCCAAGCUAUGCRGGGUUUAACUGUCUUCAGCUUUCUGGUUCAUUGAGUGGUGAGUGUGCAAAGGCUGAUGGGUCACGUGAUUCRUAUAGUGAAGCGCCUUUGAUACUUCCAUCAUCACCAACUGAAGAUGCUGGGAGGUAUGUUACCGUGACAACAACAGGAAGUUCAUCCUACUCAGACAAUAAUGUAAUCACUCCAUCGCCAAACUCAUUUCGCACUAGGACAACAGCCUUGUUAUCUUCUCCUGAAGAGACUAGUCAGCCACACUCAGAACAGCAAGCUACAAGAUCAUCAUCAAGUGGCCAAAGCUCAGAAAUAAUCAACCCUUCYCCAGAUUCAUUUCAUUGUAGGCCGACAACGUUGUCAUCUACUCCUGAAGAACAAGAAAACCUUGUGAGUAAAUCAAAUGAUGGGACUACAGAUGAUGAUGAAUUUGGUGGUCUUCCUCAAUGGCAGCAAGACUUGCUAGCUAGACAAAAAAAGCCAUCAUCAAGUUCAAUUACAUCUCCAGAGGAUCAUAGCUAUUCAGCUGCUGCUUCAUGUGAUGUAGUUGAUGAAGAGGAGGAUCAACAAGCCCAUCCAUGGCAAUCAGCUAUGGGUUCAAGUAAAUCYGAGUCAAUAACAUGCARAGAAAAAMCAACAAYAGUAAAACAYGUCACAUUUYUAUUAGAYAAAAGUCAAUCUCCAUCUGUUCAUYGUCAAGAACAAAUUAUUGCACAAAGUGAAGUUGGAGAAGAAGAGUCAUUUUCUCCUUCUUCACUUGUAGUUGAAGAGCAACACGGCUURGCAAAGCUUGUCAGUCCACAGAAGAAUGACAAAAAUGCAGGCUGUUCCCAGCCUGAAUUAUCUGAGGAUCUGUUUURUGUGUCUACAUGCAUCACCCAGGAAAAGAGGGACAGUGAUGACAAAGGACAAGGCACUUCAGAAACGUUUUCACCAGAACAACAAGUAGAAGAUGAUGAUUUUGACUUGCAUCUCACACAGUCUCAAAUCGAUUCACCAACAUUUCCAAAACCUGAGGACAGCCCCCUGAAUUUGAGAGAGCUGCCAGCRGCAGCAUCCACAGUACAASACAUAAGAACUCCAUGUCCAAGUASUUCAACAGAASCAUCCUCAWWUCCAGMAGUWAUUGUGRUAAGUGAAAGUACAGAACAGGUAUUACCAUCUUCAGCAUCUUUAUUAAGGCAACAAGGGAACAAAACCCAAGACCAGGCAAAUGUUUGCACAGAAAUGACAUAUAAGUCUUUAAGUCAACAUACAGCUGAUACAACUCCAGAAUURAGUCGUCAAGACACAGAAAUCGUCCAGGAAAUUCCUGAGCAGGCACAAAGGCCAGGACAAGGGACUUYAAAGUUGAACACUUUGCUAUCAUCAGARGCAUCAACAGAAUCGAUGACAGGWUUUCAUUUCUCCCUGCCACCAACUGUUGGUGAAGUGCUWGUUGCAUCCACAUGUACCACCCCUCCCCCUAUUCGCACAUGGCAACCACCAGUUAGUGAGACACCCAGUGCAGUCACUCCUAYUUCAGAUUCAGAUGUCACAUCAGCCCAUCGUCCACCAUCAUUAACCUUCUCUAUGCCAAGACAAGAUAGCCCUGACUCACUUCAUAUUGGAACACCUCURCUAAUCAACGAGCCCUCAACAUCGACCGCUCCCAUYCCUCCGACAACACGACCAUCAGCAAACCGACCAGCUGAAAUGUCUGUAUUUGCGCGUGCGCGGAAGGAAGCAAAGCGUCCAAGAGAAGAAAAGCGUAUCCAGGAWGAAAACACUGAUCCAUUCUUGUUUUCUUCCCAAGAUGCAGCAGUGGGUCCUCCGGUCGCUAAGCGACAAAAAACACGACAUCCGUCACGUGACUUGGAGAAAAUCAGUAAUCUCAUGGAUAWCAAUGACAAGYCCGAGCAACAACCUGAGACAAUUGAGCAAACGGGCUUUAUAAAUACCACGACUACAAAGACUUUCAAAGUUGUCACCACGCAAGUCAGACGYAUCAUCWCAGUUGUGACUACAAGAGAAGAUACCGGUGAACACAUUGACACUGUAGAGUACGAAGAACAGGACGAUCCUGUUGUAGAUGAAAAAAUAGAAGAAAARRUCAACGUGGAAAGAAUCAUAGAAACUGGGAAUGGGUAUGUGAGRCAACCUCCUCGUGUAGCUUUUGAGMAUUUACCGAGAAUUUCUCCAAGAGUGAAGACAAGACGACUUGAAGCUGAACAAGAACAAAAAAGAAACAAAGCCACUGAGGACAAUCAGAAAAGUAAAAAGRUUACAGAAGAMAACUCGGAMACGCAAACACCUCGYYAUCCUAACGGCACUAGGGUAUUUGCCCGUUGGACUGAUGGGUAUUAUUACCCUGGAGCUGUGACCGGAAUAGCAGAGUUUAGCACUGGUCGAUGUUACGAUGUCCGGUUUGAUGAUGGUGAUAAACGUAAAAUAAGACCCAAUCAGCUKGUCGCUCGUGAGUCUCUUGAUAUCGGCCAGUCGGUAUUUGCGCAGGAUCCYGACGGUUUUUAUGAUCAAGGUACCAUAGUUGGACGUUUUUCAACGUCGGGAGAGGACAGCGGAUAUGAAAUAGAACUGAAAAAAUCAAAGAAGCGAAGAAGAUACUUAAAAAAGUUUAUAAUCUUAUCAGAAAAGCAAGUUAAGCCUUUGUUGCAAGCAAAUAGCAGCGGCAGCACUAUGGACUCUGAAUCAAACAAGCUCCUAAAGUCUAGCAGCUCUAAUGUUAGCACUUCAAGCAAGUCAAGAGACACAAGCGCUAAGGAUACUAGUGGAAGCUCGAGUGAGUUGGUUGGUAAAGACGAUGCAGAAACACCAAAAUCUUCUCGUAAAGCUAAGCGGCGAAAUCAAAAAAGAAAGAGAAGGGAUGCGCAAGGUACAAGCAGCGAAGGGAGCCCCGAAGAAAGAGCCAAGAAGCCCGYCAAACGUGUGAAUAGAGAACUCCUUAAAAAAMCAAGCGAGCCAACAAGAAGGUCACCAAGGAAGAAGACACCUUCGAACGAUACAAUAUUCGCAGGGUUUGCUUUCCUCAUUACACGRUCCUGCAAUCUCUCGGAAAGCGAAAGUGAAUUACAGGAAUUUGACCGUACGCAAAUAGAACAAUACAUAGAAUCAGGAGGUGGAGUCAUUUUGAGAGACUUUAGUGAAACACAAAACACUAUUGCWGAUCGAUGUUUUCUGAUAAGCAACUCGUAUUGUAGGACCGUUAAAUACUUUCAGUGUCUGGCAAAUGGGAUUCCUAUGGUUAGUCACAUGUGGAUUCACGACUGCGCGACUCUAAAUCGACUUCAAGACUAUAAGAGGUACCUACUUCCUGCUGGUAGGAGCCUAGAGACAGAUGAAGUGGUGGAGUGUAAAACAAGAUCUAACGGGCGAUUACUGGAUGAAUUAAAUAUAUACGUGCAUGGUAGUGCUAYCUUCAAGGCAACUUGGCACAGUGUAAUUGCGGCAGCCGGUGCGCACGUAGUUACCAAACUUCCAAAUCGUCCUGGCCGCGYAGCUCAGCAAAGUUACGAUGAGGUUUGUAAUGUGGUUAUUUCAGAGGACACCAGUCUCCCUCAAAGUUUACAAUAUACCUGUGAGCUACUAGGUAUUCCAAUUGUGGGGUUAGAAUGGUUGUUCCAAUGCCUGAUUAACGGGUUUGUGGUGCAUGUUGAUGGACAUCCAAAGUAYGACUACAAAAACAAAGCCGACAGCAAUGAUGACGUCCAUUGAACACUUCUCCAUAUAAGACUGACCGCCAUUUGUAUUACCCAGUAAUGCCUAGCGAUCACAAAAUACCUAGUUCUUAACUUUGAUAACUAAGAUUGUCAUGCGCACCAAACUGAAGCCAAGAAAGUUCGUGUGCUUUGUGUUUUUCAGUCRAGAUGGAAUUACUGAGCUCGUAAAGGAUUACUGGGUAAUACUGGUCAGCCAUGUUGUUGUAGAGUUUAGUAAGUUUUAUCAAUCAAUUCAAUGAUAAUCCAAGUGCGUAGAUUGAGCAGGCGCUUCCCCUUUGAUGAUUAUGAAAGUGAUUAAGGUUUUAUCCUCGUCAGACAAUGUUGACAAUAUCAAUUUUAGAAUGAUUUCAAAAAGCUUUUAGCGUUUUAGAUACCGUUAUAAAAAUGAUUUUUAUGAAUAUCAAGRAACUGUUUUAUGUUUUACCUUGUAAAUACAGGACUCGUGCCAUGAACUCAGUUUGAUUGUAAUUUUAUGAUUGAUGACAUGACAGGAUUAUAAGUUAAUUUUCAAAGAAGAUAUAUUGUCA